CAUUAACCUCAGACUUUACGCACAACCCUUCUUCACUUGGAUCACUUGAGUGGAGCAGAUAUCGAAGAGACAGGCAGCCAUUCAAUACCCAAGUAGAAAUUAUAUUGAAAUAUCAACAUUUCUAUUUGAUUUAAGAGCUUGGAACUUCGAUCAGAGACCAUGUCGACAGUCAGUUCCCUGCCUUUCCUGAAAUCUAGUCUCCUAAUGCGCCCUCCCAUGGGUUCCAUCACCCCCAGGCGCGGGCGUCGCCACACACUCCCGGCCAGCGAGUUCCGUUGCCUCAGCCCGGAGGACGCAAUCAGCGUGUUUGAGAUCGAGAGAGAGGCCUUCAUCUCUGUGUCUGGAGAGUGUCCGCUCCACUUGGAUGAGGUGUGUCACUUCCUGACGCUGUGCCCUGAGCUGUCUCUGGGCUGGUUUGAGGAGGGACGCCUCGUUGCCUUCAUCAUAGGAUCACUGUGGGACCAGGAGAAACUAGCCAUGGACGCUCUCACCCUCCACAAGCCCCAUGGCUCCACGGUCCACCUCCAUGUGCUUGCUGUCCAUCGCACCUUCCGGCAGCAAGGCAAGGGCUCCAUCCUGAUGUGGCGCUACCUGCAGUACCUGCGCUGCCUGCCCUAUGUGCGCUGCGCCGUGCUCAUGUGUGAAGACUUCCUGGUCCCUUUCUACCAGAAGUCAGGAUUUAAAGUGCAGGGCCCCAGCGACAUCACUGUGGGGCCCCUGACCUUCAUUGAGAUGAUGUACCCUGUCCGGGGCCACGCGUACAUGCGCCGCAACAGUGGUGUUUGAGGGGAUACGAACCAAGAUGGAUGCCUCCUUCAAUGGGGAGUGUUUGACCAACCUUCCGUGGCUGGAAGACGGCUAUAGUGGCAAGAAAAAGUAUGUGAACCCUUUGGAAUUACCUGGACUUCUGCACAAAUUGGUCAUCAAAUUUGAUCUGAUCUUCAUCUAAGUUACAACAAUAGAUAAACACGGUCUGCUUAAACUAAUAACACACAAACAAUUAUACGUUUUCAUGUCUUUAUUGAACCGUGUAAACAUUUACAGUGCAGUGUGGAAAAAGUAUGUGAACCCAUGGAUUUAAUAACUGGUUAACCCUCCUUUGGCAGCAAUAACCUCAACCAAACUGUAGUUGCGGAUCAGACCUGCACAAAUGUCAGGAGGAAUGUUGGAACAGUCCUCUUUAUAAAACUGCUUCAGUUCAGCAAUAUUCUUGGGAUGUCUGGUGUGAACCGGGUUGAGGUCAGGACUCUGACUGGGCUACUCCAGAAGGCGUAUUUUCUUCUGUUGAAGCCAUUUCGUUGUUGAUUUACUUCUGUGUUUUGGGUUGUUGUCCUGUUGCAUUACCCAACUUCUGUUGAGCUUCAAUUGGCAGACAGAUAGCCUUACAUUCUCCUGC